UGCUUGUCAAAAUUUCAAUAAAUGAACAAAUGGUGUGAAAUGUUUUUAAAAUUUUGCAGCUGCUUCUCUUUUGUUUGAUUAAAAAUUCAUACAAUCAGAAGCUGCCAGGAUGGUCAGUAAGCAUUUUACAGUUGAUUUGAGUAAGCCUAUUGUAUCCAGGUCUGAAGCAUACGUUGGCCAUCUCGGGGAAGCUUAUGAGAAAUGGGUCCACCAACCUAUUGUUAGCAAGGAUGGUCCUCGGUUUUUCGCUAAUGACUUUUGUGAGCUCUUGACACGCACAAAAUGGUGGGUGAUCCCACUAGUUUGGCUACCAGUUGUAUGUUGGCUUGUUUUUGUAUCCAUACAAAGAGGUCUCACUCCUACGGAGGCAGCCUCGGCUGUGAUUGGUGGCAUCUUCAUCUGGACACUUCUCGAGUACUGUUUGCACCGUUUUCUUUUCCAUAUUAAAACAAGAAGUUAUUUGGGAAACACCUUGCACUAUCUACUUCAUGGCUGCCAUCACAAGCACCCUUUGGAUGGGCUACGACUUGUUUUCCCCCCAGCUGCAACAGCUAUUCUGUGUGUGCCGGUAUGGACCAUGUUUAAACUUUUAUCAACUCCUUCAACAGCUCCAGCUUUGUUUGGAGGUGGGUUGCUCGGAUAUGUAAUAUAUGAUUGCACCCAUUACUACUUGCACCAUGGAAAGCCAUCUAAAGGCUAUGGUCAUAUUCUCAAGAGAUAUCACUUGAAUCAUCACUUCAAAUCUCAGAACAAGGGAUUUGGGAUUACAUCAUCAAUUUGGGACCAUGUGUUUGGAACAUUCCCCGCACCUAAAGUGGGGGCGACAAAAGUAGGUGAUAGCUGAUUUAAUUGUCAAUAUAAGCUGUCAUCUAUAUAUAAUCCUA